UUCAAACGUUGUUUACAUAACAAUAAAGUUUAUUUUUUGCUCAAAAAAUGCAUUGACAACACUUGAAUCUCAUCAAAUCGAUAGUCUUAUAUACAUGUGUGAAUAAACCUCUUAGUGUUAUCCAAGUUUCACCGUUUAAACAAUAUAAAAAUAAUAGGUAAAGUAUGUCGACGGAAAACAAUAGCACGGAUGGGCCCAAUAAGGAGGAAGUGGAUAGUGGUAUUCAGGAACGUAUUACAAAAAACAAAGAAAGAGCAUUGCUGCUAAGAAAAGCUAAAGUUGUCACUCAUCCCUAUGCAAAGCAACAGGAUAAAGAGGGUGGCGUCCAAGGUAAAGCUAUCAAGGUCUCUGGACAAAAAGUUAUAGACAGCGGAGCUGGAUUUCUCAUCGAGGAAGAUGGAGAACUUGAAAAUGCUAUGUGUAAUUUAGUCGCAGAACCUGCGCCAAUCAUCAGCAAACUACCGGAAUGUUUGGAGUGUAAAAAAGAAUUCAAAGAUUCAUUCCUCUUCCAGAAAUUUGAUUAUCUUGCAUGUGAUGAGUGCAGAGAUAACGAGGGCAAACACUCAUUGAUAACUAGAACAGAAGCCAAACAAGAGUACCUUUUGAAGGACUGUGACCUUGACAAGAGAGAGCCACCUUUAAAGUUCAUUUUACGCAAGAAUCCCCAUAACAUAAGGUGGGGCGAGAUGAAACUUUACUUACAAAUUCAAAUUGAAGAAAGAGCCCUGCAUGUCUGGGGCAGCGAGGAAGCGCUUUUGGAAGAGCGCGAAAAGCGAGAUGUCAAACGUGAAGAAACAAAAAUUAAAAAGUUCAACAAAAAAGUAAAACAGCUGAGGAUGGAGGUCAGAAGUUCAUUAUACGAUAAAACUAAAAAAGCGUCACAUACACAUAAAUUUGGUCAGGAUGUCUAUAACGAAGAUGAUGAUAAUUAUACGCAUACUUGCCAAACGUGUGGAUUUGAAGAGACUUAUGAAAAAAUGUAA